CGGCGUUGCCUGCGAGCGGCGGCGUGCAGGACUAAGUGGGUGUUCUUCCCCACUCCCCACCCCCGAAGCGUCGCCCCCACCCCCGCCCCGGUCGCCUUCCCCCUCCCUCUCGCUCCUACGCAAAUAAGAACUCCGCGAUUCCCCUCCUGCUGCUUUGAUUUCGAGCACCUCCGACAGAUAAUUGGGAAGGGUUUCCAAAGAAGGUGGGAAAUGUCACCUGAUUCACACUGAACUUUUAAAAGCUCCCCACCCCCAAGGAGCCGCGUACACCCUCGCUCGCGGCCGCCCUCCCACAGCCCCACACACUGGGAGACCGCCCACCGCAAACCGCGGAGACCCCCGUCUAGAUUUAAAGCGCGGCUGCGCCCGGCUUCUGACGUCCAUUGAAUCGCGCGGGCGGCCGGCGGCGAGCGCGGGGCUGCGCCGGGAUCGCUGCGCCCUCCGCCGCUCGCCUCUGCGACGCGCGCCGCUCGCCGGAGACACCCGCCGCCGCGCCCGCUCCCCGCGCCGCCGCGCUCCUCGCCCCGCGCCUGCCCCCAGGAUGGUCCGCGCCAGGCACCAGCCCGGCGGGCUUUGCCUCCUGCUGCUGCUGCUUUGCCAGUUCAUGGAAGACCGCAGCGCCCAGGCUGGGAAUUGCUGGCUCCGCCAAGCCAAGAAUGGCCGUUGCCAAGUCCUGUACAAGACAGAACUGAGCAAGGAGGAGUGCUGCAGCACUGGUCGCCUUAGCACCUCUUGGACAGAGGAGGAUGUGAAUGACAACACGCUCUUCAAGUGGAUGAUUUUCAAUGGGGGUGCCCCUAACUGCAUCCCCUGUAAAGAAACGUGUGAGAACGUGGACUGUGGACCCGGGAAAAAGUGCCGAAUGAACAAGAAGAACAAACCGCGCUGCGUCUGCGCCCCAGAUUGUUCCAAUAUCACCUGGAAGGGUCCCGUCUGUGGGCUGGAUGGGAAAACCUACCGCAACGAAUGUGCACUCCUCAAGGCCAGAUGUAAAGAACAGCCAGAACUGGAAGUUCAGUACCAGGGCAAAUGUAAAAAGACCUGCCGGGAUGUUUUCUGUCCAGGCAGCUCCACGUGUGUGGUGGACCAGACCAACAAUGCCUACUGUGUGACAUGUAACCGGAUUUGCCCGGAGCCCACCUCCUCUGAGCAGUAUCUCUGUGGGAAUGAUGGAGUAACCUACUCCAGUGCCUGUCACCUCAGAAAGGCCACCUGCCUCCUGGGCAGAUCCAUUGGAUUAGCCUAUGAGGGAAAGUGUAUCAAAGCAAAGUCCUGUGAAGAUAUCCAAUGCAGUGGUGGAAAAAAAUGUUUAUGGGACUUCAAGGUUGGCAGAGGCCGGUGUUCCCUCUGUGAUGAGCUGUGCCCUGACAGUAAGUCGGAUGAGCCUGUCUGUGCCAGUGACAAUGCCACCUAUGCCAGUGAAUGUGCCAUGAAGGAGGCUGCCUGCUCCUCAGGUGUGCUGCUAGAAGUAAAGCACUCCGGAUCUUGCAACUGAAUCUGCCCGUAAAACCUGAGCCAUUGAUUCUUCAGAACUUUCUGCAGUUUUUGACUUCAUAGAUUUAUGGGUUUUUUUAAUUAAACAUAUCACAUAAAAGCAGAUGCCAAAAAAAAAAAAAUCUCACUGCAAGUCACAUAAAAAUGCAGCAUUGUAAUAUGGCUGUAUCAGAGGGCUUUGAAAACGUACACUGAGCUGCUUCUGCGCUGUUGUUGUCCAUAUUUAAACAACAGCUCCCCUGUAUUCCCCCAUCUAGCCAUUUCGGAAGACACCGAGGAAGAGGAAGAAGAUGAAGACCAGGACUACAGCUUUCCUAUAUCUUCCAUUCUAGAGUGGUAAACCCUCCACCAGUGUUCAGUGUUGACAUAGCCUUUGGGCAAAAAAACAAACAAACAAAACAAAACAAAAAAAAAAAAACAAAAAAAGAAUAAGAAAAAGAAAAUAUAUUGUCCA